CAAGUGAUUUCCUGCCAAUUACGGCUAAAACCAGCUGAUAGUUUGCUAUUUUUGGAUAGUUUUGUCAAGCAAAUUAGUUUUAUGGUGGUUUUGUUGGUGACUCAGCUCGUGUCAGUGUGUCUGAGAUAUGAUUUCAUCUGUCGAUCACUGGUGACCAUGUACAAUCUUUUAUUCAUUCAGCCCUCGGGUGAUAGGAGGAACAUACUUAAAACAGCAAUCACAAACUCCCAGAGUGCAACUGUGGAAAUAAAGUUAUUAGCACAUUUGGUCAGGCCAUUGGCAUGUUAAAAGCUCGAUGAGUGCCUUCUCUCUGAUUAUUACUGCUCGUCCUUUUAAACUUCAGCUUUAAGAUAGAAUCUAACAGUGUUUUUCUUUAUUUUGCUCUUCGUUCUUGAAUUUCUUCAUGGUGUGCCUCAAUGGUACUGCUUUUCUUUAUGUUACUCAUUGGUUGCCUUGUUAACAAAUAGCUAAACCGCAUCUGUCUCAUCCGGCAAUGUCUGGUAAUCAAUCAGGCAGAGGUAUGUGAAAUAUAAACCGAUUUUUGUUAUUGCAUUAUCCGUCUGCCUUUUAUUCAAGGACUUGUUUUGGAUAUGCUACCUACACAUGGCAAGCUUGCUCAGUUUAAACAUAACAAUGGAUUCAGAGGAUGCCGUUUAGUAAUUUACAUGCAGAAAUAUGCAGAAUAAUAUGCUAAUCCUCACGCUCAGCAUAUUUGCUAUAAUGGAGAGCCUGUAAACAGGAUCCAGACAUUACAAUAUUUGCAAAAGUCAGAAUUUGAAUGCAUAUACACAGACUCCGUCUGGUCUAUGUGAACAGUUCUGAAAGCUGUUUUUAUUUUUCAUUGGUCAGGAUUCGAGUGCAAACAACAUUUGACGUCAAUCGAAUUGCAUCUAUUAAAAAAGAGACCAUGCAACAGCUACAUAUAAACAAGUAUUAUGUCUUUUAGUCCCAACCUCCCCUUGAGACAUUGAUUGGAUAUUGAUUUAAUUCUUUGAGAAAGAUCUCUAUCCCAGACCGUUCUGCCAUUGUUAUGGUAAUUUGUUUCCCUUGAGCAUCAUAGUGGCCUAUAAUCUCGUAUCACUUAAGGCUGGAUUUGCAAGUGGGCUGUGAAGGGAUCCCUGAACUAUUAACCCUCAAAAUACAAUGCACAUUGGUAUUGAUUGAUUGAACCUCAGUCCAUAAAUCAAGUCGGUUUAAUGACCGACGCGUUUGUUACUGGUCACACAAAUGGUGUCUUCUCAAAUCUCUUGUUAAACUCCAGCUAAAUUAAGAUGCAGGUUUAGUAGGGAAUAUGAAAAUGUGCUUCCCUGCAAAACCAACCCCCUCAGAUACAAUCACAUGGCACAGAUGGUUGCUUCUCUGCAACUACCUGUAGCUGAAAUACAGCAUUGCACAUUGAGAGCUUUUCCUUUCAUACAAAACCUGGAGUCGAAGCACCCCCAGCCCCGCUAGCACCCUCCCCCAUGCUUCUCGCACACACACACACAGGCUGUGGCGGAGCAGACGCUCAGCAGUGGGAUGGAUCCUGACUACUAAAGAGCAACGGAGAGAGAGGAGGGGUGGCAGGCAGCCGGCAGAGGUGCAUAAAUCUCAUUUCCAGAUCUGGAGGAAGAAACGUUCAUUGUCUGCGGUGAGACCACCACAUUGGCUUUCCAAAACAUCAAGAGGCAGUGCUCCCCGCAGCUCGCCGUGAAUCCAGGAGAGACGAGGAACCCGGCUGAGGCUGUCAAACGCAGAGGUGGGCUUGGAGGAGGUCUAUGACCCUUGAUUUUCAGCAGGGGAGUGGCACAAGGGGGAACGUAGCCGGCGACGAGCAACAGACGCUUGGCUCUUGUAAUCUUCCCAUUCAAGAAUCCAUUCCAUGCCAUUGUCAUAGCGAUGUAAAGCCAUUCCGUGCCGACUGGAGGAGGCACGCUCCAAUCAACUGUCCGUUGUGUUUACAUUUCCACAAUUCCUCUGUUUUUCAUCAGUGCCUUUUGGUUUCUCUUCACUUCUUUGUGCUUUUGUCCCUCAGAACCCGGACGGCGUCACUCCUGUCUUUUCAUGUGACUUGGUCUUUUUGGAGCUGUCAUUGUGUUUGGUUCUGCAUGGAAUGACAGCUGCUUUUUCAGAGACAGCGGAAGAGGUCGCAGAUGGAGUGAGGACUACCACUCGUUGGAAAGCUACCUAAAGAACCUCUUCAAAGACUUGCUGCUUUUCCAAGUGUUUAGACUUGCCUCAUUUGCACACUUUCUACCAGUAGUUUUCAGUGGAUACCAAUGACAGCCAUGAAGGGAGACUCCGAAGACAGCAUCGAAAGCACGAGGCCAUCCAGCCUCCAAGUUUUCGCCAACUCGUCCACGUUACAUGGCAUGAGCCACAUAUUCGCCUACGGGCACAUGACGUUCCGUCGCUUCCUUUGGUCACUGUCCUUCUUGGGCUCUCUGGGUCUGCUGAUGUUUGUGUGCAUGGACCGGGUGUACUACUACUUUGAGUUCCCUCACGUCACCAAACUUGAUGAGGUGGCGGCGCCCAACCUCACCUUCCCAGCCAUCACCUUCUGCAACCUCAACGAGUUUCGUUUCACGAAGAUCACAAAAAACGAUCUGUACCAUGUUGGAGAGCUGCUGGCACUGCUCAACGAGAACUAUCAGAUCGCUAACCCUCACUUGGCCGAGCCGGAAGUCCUCGCUUUGUUGAAGGACAAGGCUAAUUUUGGUAACUUCAAGCCCAAGCAGUUCAACAUGACGGAUUUCUACAACCGCACAGGCCAUGAUAUCAACGAGAUGCUCUUGCAGUGCACCUUCAGAGGGGAGGAUUGCUUCCCUCUAAACUUCACCACUAUUUACACCAGAUACGGGAAAUGUUACACAUUUAACUCUGGUCUAGAUGGAAACCCCUUGCUGACGACUUUAAAAGGCGGAACAGGAAAUGGGCUGGAAAUCAUGCUGGAUAUUCAACAGGAUGAGUACCUGCCAGUUUGGGGUGACACAGACGAAACCUCGUAUGAAGCAGGCAUCAAAGUUCAGAUCCACAGUCAGGAUGAGCCGCCCUUCAUAGAUCAGCUGGGAUUUGGUGUGGCCCCUGGUUUUCAAACUUUUGUGUCUUGUCAGCAGCAACUGCUCCAGUAUCUUCCUCCGCCAUGGGGCGACUGCAGAUCCACCCCUAUGGACUCUGAAUACUUCUCCACCUACAGCAUCACAGCCUGUCGCAUCGACUGCGAGACCCGCUACCUGCUAGAAAACUGCAACUGCAGAAUGGUGCACAUGCCAGGCACCUCUACCGUCUGCACACCCGAGCAGUACAAAGACUGUGCUGAUCCAGCUUUAGAUUUUCUUGUGGAGAAGGACAACGAUUACUGCGUUUGCGAUACGCCAUGCAACAUGACUCGAUACGGUAAAGAGCUGUCCAUGGUGAAAAUACCCAGCAAGGCUUCUGCGAAAUAUCUUGCCAAGAAGUUCAACAAAACAGAACAGUACAUUGCGGACAACAUAUUGGUGCUGGAUAUCUUUUUUGAGGCUCUGAACUACGAGAAAAUUGAACAAAAGAAGGCCUAUGAAGUUGCUGGAUUACUUGGUGAUAUUGGUGGUCAGAUGGGUCUGUUUAUAGGAGCCAGUGUCUUGACAAUAUUGGAGAUAUUUGAUUAUUUGUAUGAGGUUUUUAAGGACAAAGUGCUGGGAUAUUUUCUACGCAAGAGACGGCCACAUCGGAGCGCUAGUGACAAUCUGGAUUUCCCAGAGAAUUCCACCAGCCCUGGUGUCACGCCUAACCAUGUCCCCAGCUUUCAAGAUGGAGAUGAUGUUUUGCAGAAGUUAAGAGCACAUGCGACACACUCCGGAGUCACUCGGACAGUCUCGGAUUCGCGCCGAACGUGCUACCUAGUCACCCGGCUAUAGGCAACUUCGAGGAAUUCGCUUGUUGAUGACGCAGGUGAUGGGACCCCGAGGGGACGGUUUAGGAUAUGACGGAAAACUGUGAAAUAUAUCGGAUAGACUCCUAAAGAAGUGUAAGUCCACGAAAAUGUACAUGUUAAAUAGUUAAAAAAACAAACAAACAUAUAAAAAACAAUCUGACACCUGAAUAGAAUCAAUAUAUCAUCAUCAAGUACAAAUAGGCAACACUUCCAGAACAAAACUCAGGUUUUAUUAACAUCACAGCCACUGUUUGUUUGACAUUGUGGAAAAUCCUGGUAGAUUUCAUGACGUUUCUUUACGAACGAUUUCAAACGUACAAAUACUGUGAGGGUAUUUCAUCCGAGAGAGUAUUUUUUUCCUCUGUGCUUUUCUUGAAUCCUGUAUGAACACUGUGGGCCUAAUUUGAUCAAGCCGCCUUAAACUAAUCUGAAAAAGAAAGCAUUUUAAUAUUGCACAAAAAUUGUUAUAGAUACAGUCGGUUUGGCCAAAGUUGAAUCUAUUUUGGCACUUUUUUGUACAAUAAUCAUGCAAGCUUUAACUGCGGAUUGACUGAAUUCAGCCCUGUGAUAGUACUCGAAAAUGUGUAAUCAUUCAGAAUGUUUGUCUCUGUUCAUAUUUUGUGUAUAUAAGUGCAAUAAUAUGCAUAAUGUGUUAAUGAAAACCGUAUAUUACCUUCAAGUCUUAAUUAUUAGCUGUCAGGUAAACAGAAGGAUCGAGAUGCUUUACCAGCAGUUUGCUCUUCAUGCUGUUUUAUUUCGACACGCUAAUGUUACUCUAUUUAUUUCCACUUCCAUCUACUAGGCAGUGAUGAGAUGGGAUGUUGUUGAAUAAUAUUUAGAUUUAUGAAUGAUGCAUUUUAUGUGAUCAUAUGAAAGCUUCCCAUCCAAUCCCAUGAAUUCAAACAACACGUGAAGCCAUUCAUUAGAUUGUUUCCUCUGGGAGAUAAUUCAUUAUUUUAAGUGGCAAAGACUGUACGCGAUGUGUUAAUGUGAAAAAACUCUUGAAGAGUUACACACUCAUAUUAAUUAUAAUGAGCAUUAAAAAUCCCCGCUCAUAGAUCAUGGUUCCCCAUCCACUAGGAAAUAUUCAGCUAUUUUAGAUGAUACAGUUGAAAACUUGACACAUUACUCGAAAAACAGUUUUUUAAUCUUUUAUGUUUUGGGGGUCUACCUAGAAGUUACAGGUGUCUUCCUUUUUCUGGCAUAUAUAUAUAUAUAUAUAUACACACAUGUUCAAAAAUACUCCAGAAAGGUAUUUGGACACUUAAACAACACUUAAAAAUUUCUCAAUCUAAUUGCAUUAGAUACAAUGGUUACACUUUAUUUCGAUAGUCCACUUUAGACAUUCUACUAACUAUAAGUAACUUUCCAACUACAUGUAAGUUAAAGGUGCAAUGUGUAAAUUUUAGGAGGAUCUAUUGACAGAAAUGCAAUAUAAUAUAUAUAACUAUGGUGUAUAAAGAACUUACAUAAUGAACCGUUAUGUUUUUAUUACCUUAGAAUGAGCCAUUUCUAUCUACAUACACCGCGGGUCCCCUUACAUGUUAAAUCGCCAUCUUGCACCGGUAUGUUUCUAGAGUAGCCCAAUGGACAAACUGCUCUACAGAGUGCGUUUGCUUGACUGGCUUACUCUCUGCUGUCUCAGAUGACGACAUUUUUGUCCUGUUGGGCACCGUAGCUUCUCUAUAUUGCAAUUCGCAACCUCACCGCUAGAUGCCGCUAAAAUGUACACACUGCACCUUUUAACUCACAGAGUAUUAGCAAAGUCCCUUUAAGACAAGUCAUUUCACUCGGCGGCCAUCUUUGAAACACCUCUCAGGCAUGCAAGUGCAGCUCAUAUCUCUUUGAAUGGGGAAACAUCAAAUUCUCCAAAGCUGUUUGCCAAGCUUUCGAUUAAAUUUAAUAUUUGAAAUCACUAAUGAAAUCUGACAACAGCUGCCUCAUAAAUUUUAUUUCUAAACGCUCGAAUAAUGACAAAAAACUGUAGGCUGGAUCAAGCUAAUGCACAUGAGCAGUCCUAAAUGCGCGUCUCUCGUGUCUCAUUUCGGAGGCGCAAGUCUAACUGUUUCUAUAGGAACUGGAGCUUCUAACGUCCGCUGCAGUCCGCUGCAGAUGACUUUACCAAUCGCCGAUUGGCUCUUAUUUAGAAGGCGGGACUUAUUCCGCCAUAUUGCGCAUUGCACUUUCUCCCAUUCAAAACAAUAAGAGUGACACGUCUUGCGUUAUUCUAUUGUCUUAGGCAUUAGUAGACUGUUAGGCUUAGUAGAAUGAGUUUACAUGUAGUUAAUUAUAAAAAUAAGUUACCUAUCAGCCUCAGAUGUCACACCCACGGAUCAUUAGAUGAGCGUCUGAUGAAUGAAACACUUCAGGAGUUUCGAAGUCGAGACGUGUGUUGGGUUCUUUAACGGUCCGCCUGGAAACAAAGAUGCCUCGACGCGAAAUCCCCACAUGGAAGAAGAAAGCCAUCGUUUUUACAACUGUGACAAUGAGCGCUUAUCAGCACCAACUAAACACUAUAUUUUACAAGUAUGUGAGGUAUGUAAAUUCGCAGCACAGACUCUGUAAAAUACAUCCAAGAGUUUUACACGCCGGUCUGUUAUUGAAGGGACUUCGACGUUACAUUUUCACACUCAUAAGUGUUUUGAAAUGCCAAUAGUUCACGUGACUUUGGCAGUUUCACACACACUCCGAAACACUGAUUCGAAAUAAAAGAUUCGUAAAGCUUCGAAGCUUCAUGAAGCAGUGUUUUGAAAUCGUCCAUCACUAGAUAUUGUUGAAUAAAGUCACACUUUUGUUAUUUUUGCCACACAAAAAGUAUUCUUGUCACUUUAUAAUAAUAAGGUUGAACCACUGUAGUCACAUAAACUGUUUUAAAUAUGUCUUUAGUAGCUUUCUGGGUAUUGAAAAAGGGAGUGUUAUUGCUGGCGAUGCAGGCCUCACUGAGCCAUCGGAUUUUAUAAAACGGAUUUUCUAAUUCUUGAAGUCUGGCCACAUGUAGAAUGUCUAAAGUGGACUGUCUAAAUAACCGAAUGGCAUUUUUUGUUUAAAAAAAAAAAAGCACAAGCACACUUUCAAAACGAGUUAGAUAUACUGUGCAAAAUGAAGACAAAAGGUACUUCAGAUCUCUCAUGUUUAUAGCUAAUGUGAAUGAUCUUGGGGCCUGUUGUUUGAACAAUGGCUUGGAAAAGUCAUGUUCUAAUGCGGUGACAUUUUAAGUGUAAUUUAAGUGUCCACAUACAUUUUGGGGUGCUUUAGCUUCACUACAGUGCAUUGCAAUAUGGUAAAACGCAAGAUAUCAUCUUCCAUCAUGUUUUCUGCACUCAGCAACGAUGUAUUAUUGUAUUGUUUUAUAUAAACUACAAUGGGAUUUCUAGUACAGGUAUCACAAUUUUAAAAUGGAGAGUUGUGACGUAAAUGAUCCAGUAUAAUAAACAAUAUAUUUAACCAUCUCUUAA